UCUUCACUGUAUAAGCCUGUGGUCGGUUUCCUGUUGACCAUCCUUCAUCAUCAACCACCCCCUCACACUUCUACCCAACCAAACAUCAGUCCAGAAAACAUAUACAACUAAAGAAACCAGACAAACAGACAGACAAGCAUGUCCGACCAACCUCCUCCUCCUCAAGAAAACCAACCGAGCUCAUCAAAACCCAGCGCAGAUUCGAAUAACCCACAACCAUCUUCCUCAUCCAACAGCAAGGAGUCUACCUCUGAGGAUGUCAAAAUGGAUGCCGAGCCAGAGCUUGAUCCCGAAAUCUUGAAAGCCUCUCCGGAAGAAAUUAUGACCAGGACUAGGCUGUUAGAAAAUGAGAUCAAGAUUAUGAGGUCCGAAAACCUGACGUUAUCACAUGAAGCGACGAUGAUGUUAGACAAGAUCAAAGACAAUACAGAUAAGAUCAAGAACAACAAACAGCUCCCGUUCCUAGUAGCCAACGUAGUCGAAAUCCUAGACAUCGAUCCAGAUGUCCAUGAGAGUGAGGAGGGAGCCCAAGUUGAUUUAGAUUCAGUCCGCAAGGGGAAAUGUGCGGUGAUCAAAACCUCAACACGACAGACGAUCUUCUUACCCUUAAUCGGUCUGGUGGAUGCCGAUAAACUCAGGCCGGGUGAUCUGAUCGGUGUGAAUAAGGACAGCUAUCUCGUCUUGGAUACUCUCCCAGCUGAAUACGAUUCCAGAGUGAAGGCCAUGGAAGUCGACGAACGUCCGACUGAAACGUAUACGGAUAUCGGUGGACUCGAUAAGCAGAUCGAAGAACUCGUCGAGGCUGUCGUCCUACCCAUGCAACAAGCCGAUAAGUUCAAAACGCUCGGCAUCAAACCUCCUAAAGGUGUCUUGAUGUAUGGACCCCCUGGUACUGGUAAAACCUUAUUGGCUAGAGCUUGUGCGGCCCAGACCAAAGCAUGUUACAUGAAACUAGCUGGCCCAUCGCUAGUACAAAUGUUCAUUGGGGACGGUGCUAAAUUAGUGCGGGAUGCAUUCGAACUGGCCAAGGAGAAGGCGCCGGCAAUAAUCUUUAUUGAUGAGUUGGAUGCAAUCGGGACGAAGCGGUUCGACAGUGAGAAAUCGGGUGAUCGAGAGGUCCAGCGAACGAUGUUGGAGCUCCUCAACCAACUGGAUGGGUUCGGUAGUGAUGAUCGGAUCAAAGUGAUUGCAGCGACCAAUCGGAUUGACAUACUUGAUCCUGCGUUGCUUCGAUCGGGUCGUUUGGACCGAAAGAUCGAAUUCCCCUUGCCGACUGAAGACGCCCGGGCACGGAUCAUCGAGAUUCAUUCCAGGAAGAUGAAUGUGGGUAAAGGAGUGAACUUUGAAGAGCUGGCACGAUCGACAGACGAGUUCAAUGCCGCCCAACUACGCGCAGUGGCGGUCGAGGCUGGGAUGAUUGCCCUAAGAGAAGGGGCAAAUGAGAUUCAUCAUGAACACUUCUUGUCGGGGAUCUUGGAAGUUCAAAGUAAAAAGAAAAACGACCAAUUUUACUUUGCUUGAGUUUCUCCUUGUUUUCCUCUCACUGUGGGAUAAUAUAUAUUUUUUUGUGUGUGUCUUAUAAAGAGCCUUCUCCUUCUUAAUACUCUUCCUUGUUUUUUUGUUCUUCUGGUAAUCUACAUAUCUCUUGUUUUUUUUUUCUUGAUCGGGCAUGGGAGCGGAGAGUAGUAGUCCCUAUAGUCCAUUCAAGCGACUGUCCCAAAAUAACACUUCAUGGUGGUGGUGUUUGCUGGGCGUAAAGUCUGGCUUGAAUACACGCUCUAACAAUUAGUGAAUUACUCUUUUCUCUUUCUGUUUCUUUUUUUUUUGGAGGAGGGGUCUUCUACUUAAUCUCAUGUUGUCAACUCAAGAAAAAAAAAGCAUUUAACCAAGGUGAUCAAGAAAUCACUCUUUC